AUGUCGACUCGGAAAUCUGGAAUCCCAACACUAUUAGAGUUACAUAAACCAAGAAGAGUAGCGCGUACUGCACUCGUCGUUCCGUUUAAAGAGAGUUCUCGACAAUGUCUCAAACGACUUGCUGAAUACGAGCCCCCAGCGACCCCACCAUACCCGCGUUCCCAAUCUGCUGCCGUUCUUGUUGCACUAUUUGUCGGGAGAUGGGGUGAUAUAUACGUAUUACUUUCGCGACGGUCGGCUUCGUUGUCUAGCUAUGCCGGAGACACCGCUUUGCCUGGUGGUCGAGUUGACAAGGAAGAUGCUACGCUUGAAGAGACUGCAAUAGGGUUGCCUCGGGAUAAACGACGAGUACCCCUCUUAUGCAUUCUACCACCAUUUCUUGCUCGCUCCCAUCUUAUUGUCACACCCGUCGUCGUACUUAUUACGGAUCCGACACUUCGUCCAAUCCUCAAUGCACCCGAGGUUGAUACCCUCUUCUCCCAUCCGUUAGCAUCGUUUCUCCACGACCGUGCACCCUUUCCGCUCCCAAGCGCUUCUCCAUUCUUGCCCGACACUGCUCUGGACGAUGUCGCGAAUGCGGCACCAUCGCAAUUCCACGAACAAGACGAAAAGUAUGCUGGACCACCUCCUCCACGCAUUAAUCCGACGCAAUAUCACACCUUUCAUGACAUGGAGUGGGGGCCGACAAAGGUUCGCAUCCACAGCUUUCUGACUGGACGAGAAAGUUCGGGGACUAAGCCAAUUGCUGGCUUGACCGCGUCAAUAUUGCUCGAAGUGGCCCAGAUCGGAUAUGGGACGGCCCCUGAGGGCUUUGAGGUCGAUGCGCCUGGACAGGCCGGACGCCGGGAGAGAAUUGCAUGGGAGAUGAAUCGUGCUCCACGGUUCAUUGAGGCUUUGAACCGCGAAGAGAUUCAUUGGGACUGGAAAAGAGAGGAGCGUCGAGAGCGUGAAAAGAGGCUACGAGCGUCUGGUGAGCCCGUAAAGGGUGAUAAAAGGUAUAAGAGCCGACUGUAA